AUGAGGCUGUGUCAGUGUCGUUGUUGUCGUAGCGAUUCUGAAAUUUCUGUGCACUACAAGGAACUCGGGUAUCGUAAGGAAGAAGGAAGAAACAAUACUCUCUCUCUCUCUCUUUUCUCUCUCUCUCACUUUCUCUCUUUCUCUUUCUUUCUUUUUCUCUCUCUCUCUCUCUCUCUCUCUCUCUCCUACCGUUUCUGCAGUAUAUUACAACAGGAGGGAACCUCAAUCGGACUAUUUUCUUCCUUAUUUCUUAUUUUCACCUCCAAAUCAUUAACACUUAAACUCAUCUAUCUAUCUAUCUAUCUAUCUAUCUAUCUAUCUUAUCUGUUCAUUAUCUAUCUAUCUAUCUAUCUAUGUAAGGCUGUUCAUUAUCUGUCUAUCUAUCUCGGUUUGUUCCUAUUUCCUUAUCUAUCUGUCUCGGUUUGUUCAUCUCUCUCUCUCUAUCUAUCUAUCUAUCUAUCUAUCUAUCUAUCUUCUGUUUAUAUUUCUCCGCCUGUUCAUAUCUAUUUCUCUCUCUCUCUCUCUCUAAGUCUGUUCAUCUCUCUUUCUUUCUUUAUUUAUCUAUCUAUCUAUCUAUCUAUCUAUUUAUCUAAUGCUCCUCGCUUAAACGAAUCAGCGUGCUGUCCUUCUCUUUAUAGCAUCACCACCUUCUUUUCUGUCACUCACUCAAUAAUACUUACCACUUCUCUUUCACUCUCUACUAAUAUUACUCUCUAG